AUGGACUUUCUGCUGGGGAACCCCUUCAGCUCCCCCGUGGGGCAGCGCAUCGAGAGAGCUACUGAUGGGUCCCUGCGGAGUGAGGACUGGGCUCUCAACAUGGAGAUCUGUGACAUCAUUAACGAGACUGAAGAAGGGCCCAAAGAUGCCUUCCGAGCCAUUAAGAAGAGAAUUGUAGGGAAUAAGAACUUCCAUGAAGUUAUGCUGGCUUUGACGGUCCUGGAAACCUGCGUCAAGAACUGCGGCCAUCGCUUCCACGUCCUUGUGUCCAGCCAGGACUUUGUAGAAGGUGUCCUGGUGAGAACAAUCCUGCCAAAGAACAAUCCACCUGCCAUAGUGCAUGACAAGGUGCUGACCCUCAUCCAGUCCUGGGCAGACGCCUUCCGCAGCUCUCCAGACUUGACUGGUGUCGUUGCUGUCUAUGAAGACCUGAGACGGAAGGGUUUGGAGUUCCCCAUGACUGAUCUGGACAUGCUGUCACCCAUCCACACACCACAGAGGACUGUUUAUAGCUCCAACUCUCAAUCUGGACAGAACUCACCUGCAGUCAACUCCCCUCAGCAGAUGGAGUCCAUCCUCCACCCUGUCACCCUGCCCCCCAGGAGAGGCACAUCCAGCGACGUGCCCAUCACACCCACACCAGAACAGAUCGGGAAGCUGCGCAGUGAGCUGGAAGUGGUGAAUGGGAACACAAAGGUUAUGUCGGAAAUGUUGACGGAACUGGUGCCGUCCCAGGCUGAGCCUUCUGACCUGGAGCUGCUGCAAGAGUUGAAUCGGACAUGCAGAGCUAUGCAGCAGCGAGUCCUGGAGCUGAUUCCCCGUGUCCUCCAUGAGCAACUCACCGAGGAGCUGCUCCUCAUCAAUGACAACCUCAAUAACGUGUUUCUGCGCCAUGAAAGGUUCGAGCGACUUCGAACAGGACAGCCUGUUAAGGCAACAAAUGAGGCAGAGAACAGCUUGAUUGAUCUGGGACCCAGUACUCCUUCAGCACUGAGACAGCCUGAAGUCACUAGCAGCCUUUCCUCUCAGCUGGCUGGAAUGAACCUGGGCUCAGGCAGUGUAAGUGCAGGACUGCACUCCCUCGACACUUCUGGCAAGCUGGAAGAAGACUUUGACAUGUUUGCCCUGACCCGUGGCAGCUCACUGGCUGAGCAGCGCAGAGGGGUAAAGUAUGAAGACCCCCAAGCUACCAAGGGCCUUGCUGGUGCCCUGGAUGCCCGGCAGCAGAACACAGGAGCGGUACCAGUUCCUCAGGGCAAUUUCAUGGAAGACAUAGAAAAGUGGCUCUCCACUGAUGUGGGAGAAUCAGAGGAUCCAAAAGGUGUCACUAGUGAAGGUGAGACGUGCCAACCAUUUGACAAAUUUCUGGAAGAGCGAGCGAAAGUUGCAGACCGCCUCCCCACUUUGUCCAGCUCCUCAGCAGGGAUGUCUGUCUCCCCUCCUGCUGCCAGCCAUCAUCAGAAGCAAGCAAAGGAAGAUGAUGCCAUGUUUGCCUUGUGAAUGCUAUGGACCCGUGUGCUGUGGAGCAAGAGGCUGUGUGUGCUGUUUUGCUUGCCUCCAACCAGGGGCCAGCAGAGGAAGGACUCUGUCCCCUUCCUCCACUCCCUUUCUGUUUAUCCUUUGAAUUGUUUUUAUUUUUAAGCUGCUUUCAGACUUCAGACAAUCUUUGUUGUGUUUAGGGAUAUCAUACAGUAGAAUUGUGAAGGGGGGUUUCAAAGCUGCUAGAGAAUGUGGGAGUUCAGUGGGCUUUUCUUUUCAUGGUACAUUGUGGGCAAAGCAGAAGAAGCUCUGGAAGAAGCACCCCCAUCCUACUCUCCAGAGAGGUAGUUAGGAGAUCUUGCCCAAGAAACAGUAGAGGUUGCAGUCUGCACCUGAAAUCAUUCCUGCCUGCCUCUUUCCUCACCCCUCCCCUAGAAUGUAUCUCUCAGCCCUCUGCCUGCCAGUGUUAGACUGGAAAGCACUGGGAUGUGAAGCAUUACUGGUGGCUGAGGAGGAACACUAAUGGUAGAGGAAUCCCGUUGCUCUAAUCUCUCUUACACAAGUGCUUGUGGUAUGCAACACCUUCCCACUCACAACCGCUUCUCUUCCUCUGCUCCCUUUCCCCAUCAGUUUAUCUAGAAUCCUACCCCCAGCCCCGAUGUUUCCAUUGCAUGACAGCCAGUCGUCCAAGCCCGUGGCAGCACACAGGACUGCAAGCGGUACUCCAGGCUGAAGGGGCUGUCUCCCAUGGGGUAGGAUGUGCCUUGAGCAAACUAUUUGCAGUUAAUUUAAUUCUCCAUUAUCAUGCUUUUCUCCCAAGGUGAUCCUACCUCCCUCUCUCACUUCCAAUGAUGCCUUCCACCAUAUCAUGCUGUGGUGUGGGGAGUCCCCCUGAGCUAGGCCAAUGUCACAGGGUGGCUGUGCAGGCCGGGGCUACAGAGCUGCGUCCCCCUAAAGCAGGUGGCCCUUCCAUCAGCACUGUUACACCAGUGGAAAUGUGCUGUUGCUGCAGAAGCUUGUUCUGCUGGUGAGCACAGAGGGGAAACCAAGUUUCAGUCAUCUCGUGCUGGUAAAGCAGCCCUGCGGCAGUCAAAAGUUCCUCUGCACACAGGGAGAAAAACCCUUCAGAGCAAACUGCACAUGCUGCCCACUUGUAAAUGAAAGCCAGGGAGGAGGGUGCCAAGCUCAGGGCUCCUGCUUGUGGGAUUUCUUGUUGAGUGUGGAAGAGUUGCCUUUUUUUACUGCACAUUAAAAGAGCAAAGACUUGAGCCUCCCUUG